AUGGAUUCCGUAGACACUCAAUACCUCUACCGAGAGACUCGUCUCAAUCUCGAACCGGCCUCCGCCUCGUCCAUCGUCAAUAUCCGUGUCCCCUCGCUGACGUCGAACGGUAGGGGCGCGAACCGCAAGCUCACGAACGGCGACAAAAACGUUAGCGAAGAUGAGGUUACCUUUCGUCUGAAGAGCUUGGCGCCUGCCUCGUCGGUCUACCACCGCAAAUGGCACGCCGCACCGCGCAGUUUCCUGUGGAGAUUGCUGGAGGACGGCCUGGUUCUGAGCCUCCGUGUUGUCGACACCUGCCGCCAGGAGAAGGUCGUCGAUGCACCUCUCAUCCUCAACUUCAGAUUCACAGUGCCGAUCCAGUCGUCAUGCGUAGCCUUCGCUGAUCCCCGAGAACACGAUGCUCUGUCCAUGUUCGUGCUCGACGAGUCCAACUCCCUAUACUCCUUCACCCUACGACCCGACUUCUUCAGGAAGCGCUCCGCAAUCGAGGCCGGCCCGGGUGACGCUUGCAAGGUCUACCAGCCAAAGGUUUUCGGUUUCAAGCACCCGCACCGCAUGGUCGCUGCGAGCACCGACCAGGUCGUCAUAUCUUUACACGACGGAGGGCUGGUGCGGUUGGACCGGAAUAAGACCCAGGAUUCGACGAGCAACCCGUGGAAAGAGACCAUCUACAACUCUCAAGGCUGGGCUCAAGGCAUUCGCAGCUACCUUCCCUUCAAACAGAACCACACCAUCCGAUACCGUAACAUUCACAUGGAAGCAAGCGCAGCGACGUCGAUACAGGUGACGGAUCUCGGCCUCGAUGAUGCGGCAUUUCUCUUCACAAUCUGUCUAGACCACCGCAUGCGCAUCUGGAACUUGCGGACCGGUCAGAUCCUGUUCACUGGAGACAUUCUCAACGCCGACCGCAACCCUCAGGAGGUCGGCAAGUGGCAGAUUGAGCCGACGCAAGCAAAUCUUCUGCAGGUGGUUGGCGACGGCACAGGCAACCGGAUGUGUGCUACAUACUCGCCCAUUGGAGCUGGAGAGUUCAAGUUCUGGAACAUCAAGGCCCGCGAUAGUGACACCGUCUACGUAGAAGACGCCUUUCCAGACACAACGCUUGUCCCCUCGUCGCCAUCUCUGUCAGAUGUCUGGACCUUGGCGGACUUUGUCCUCUCAAAUCUUGCCGAUGGCGGGAUCCAGUUGUGGACGCUGUGGAAGAACAACAUGACGUACAGGGUUCAGGAGCUUGACCUCAACAGGGACAGCAUCGCCGAGUCUUGGGAAAGUGGGUGGGUGUCGGUUCACAUUGAUACCAGCUACCCAACAGCACCAACUUCUGGACCGUCUGAUCCAACCGACCCGACCGAAAAGUGGUUGGAACUUAUCCUUGCGCCUGGCCGCUUCACAAAAGCCACCCUUGAAACAGCCCUGUCCAUCUACGAAAAGGGACUUUACUCACAGAAGGAGAGCGGAAGCUCAAAAAGCCAAAAGGGUUUGGCAGAGUCAAUCUGCUCCAUACUCGCCUCCACAGCAUCUUUGGACCGGAACUCGGCUGGUGACAUGGAUUACGAGCAGUUCCGAGCCAGCAGCGAGACCCAAUGGCGGAGGUUCUACCGCCUUCUCAUCGAAUUGGACAAGCAGCGUGGCGAAGCGGUCUCUCUGGUCCUCGACGCGGACUCCGAUAUGACAUGGGUCGUCUGUGCGGACGCCAUAUCUGCCGUCAGAGAAUGUAGCUCACUAGAGCGGCUGUACUACAACCUCUCGCAACCGGAGGAGGGCACUGAGAGGGUGGCAAACCUGGUGGCUACAGGAGUUGGCUUCCUCGAGGCAAUUUCCGAAAGCAUCCAACAAGUCUGCACGGCUGCACUCCGACCGGAAAUAUUCGAAGAGACGCCUAGGACGGAUUACGAAAGAAUCCAAUAUCUGUUCGAUACCACCGCUCUAUGGCGCACCGUAAGCGAAGAAGACUGCGCACAGGUCGUUGAGAGCCUGGGGCAGAACUACACCGGCGUCACAAUGGAUCUGUACGAGAGCCUAUCUGGCUUGGUUGCGGCCACAGACGACUCCGGCAGCCGCAAAGCCCGUCAACCUCUGACGGAUUUUGGAAGAAAACUGAUUGUCAAGGCCGUUCAGGAGACGAUUGACCUGCAGUGGACGAUCAUCUUCAGCCAGAUUUUGUUGUUGGUGCACAUGGAGUUCGACUGGGAGCAGGAAGAAGACAUGCUUUCCAAGCGACUCGACGUUGGCGCCGUAUUCAGACAAUUUCUUGAGUCCCUUCGCCGGUUAGAGCUGCUCCGCUGGCUAUCCAAGACCGAGAUCACUGUUCCCCUCGGCAACAAGCACGAGCGCAAUGGUUCAUUCUCUGGUUCGCCUAGUGCCUCCAAGCGAUCGGGCGACGAGUCUCAGACGGUCACUGCGCUGGAAGGCAACGUGGGUCACCUUCUCGGUUUCGGCGACAAUCGAAACGAACCCCUCGCGGCGAGCAUAACGGGUAUCGUCACAGAUCUCUGUGCCUCCAACAGCGACGUCGAAGUGUCGCCCACCCUGAUUCAGUGCUCCCUCAUUAGAAGAGAGCGAGCUGACCUUGCUCUGGAGCUCACACCUUAUUGCACCCAGACACCUUUCGCCAUCUACAUCCAGGGCCGCGUCUUCCUCGCUUUGAAGGACUUUGCCCAAGCCGCCUUCCAUUUUCGCAAAGCGGCGAUUGGCAUGAGCGUCAAGGAUGUCGAUGUCGACCGACACAGCAGCGGCCUCUUAGAUGACACCGAGUGGAACCUGCUCAACAAGGGACCAGCUCGGUACCACUGCCAUAUUGUAGCUCUCUUCGAGAAAGCCAAGGCCUACUCCUUCGUCAUCGAGUUUGCUGGCCUUGCCAUUCAAUAUUCCCACGCCAGCCCCGAAGCUGCGGUAGUCAGGAGCGAGAUGCUCAGCCGCCAAUUCAACGCAGCGACAGUGCUCUCACGCUUCGAUGUCGCCCACGCAAGUCUUCUGGCCAUGAAGGACAAGGCUAUGCAGCUCUCGUCCCUCCGCAAGCUGGUUGACAAGGUGUGUGAAUCCUACCACAACAGCGAACUCAUGUCACUGCCGUUUCCCGGCCUGCAGGACUCGAUCGACGAGAUCCUGGCCCAGAGGUGCAAAUCAACAAUGGACGUCCUCAGCGGCAUUCCGUACCACCAGAUUCUCUACUCGUGGAGGAUCAAGCACAACGACUACCGCGGGGCCGCUACCGUGCUGCUCGACCGUAUCCAGAAACUACAGCAUGCCGGCGAGGGCGACAAAUUGAUUGGCGAGGAUAUUCUUGACACGCCCGUGACCAAGCAGUACCUGUUACUCAUCAACGCCCUGAGCUGCGUCGACGCCAAGCAGGCGUGGAUCUUUUCGGAGGAGCUGCCCCCGCCCAACUCGAGAGAGACCACGAACUUCCAAGGCAAACGCAAGGUCGUCACAUUGACCGACUUGCGGAAGCAGUACCAGGACGAGCUGGACAGGAUCGCCGCCAUUCAGAACAACCAGUUCGGGUUUGAGGCGGACGAUGUCAUGGAUAUUUUGUAG